AUGGGAUGCAGCAGCUCAAAAGACCAUCCAACGAUUAUUGGGAAAUCUCACAGGGCAGUUUCUCAUGACCUGAGGAAAGCGCAUUCCACCUAUAGUGCCACCAUGAAAGGAGGGAGCUUGGACGAAGGACUGCCUCCACAAGUAGAUGGCAAGGGUCAUUUGAUUCCCGAAGAAGUGCGGAAACGCAUUAUAGCCAGCGAACACGUCGAAACGACCAUUGUAGGAACUGAGAAACAAACAGAAAUUCAAUAUGCGUACCUAACGCAACGAGGGUAUUAUCCAAACAACAUCGGACAACCCAAUCAAGAUGAUUAUUCCAUCACUCUCAAACUAGGUGGAGAAGCCAACGAUGCCAUGUUUGCCGUAUACGACGGUCAUGGAGCUAACGGACACGAAUGUGCAUCCUUUUGCCAAAAGGACAUUCCACGAUCGAUCGCCAAGUACAUUCGACAAAAACGAUCGUCGAGGCACAUUGCCAAACUCAAGGCCGAGAAUAAAUCCACAAAGGGAGCCUUUCGACCCGAACUCUGGUCCACGUUGGAAGCAGAAGAAUAUGGAGAAUCGUGUCGCAAGGCAUUUGAAGAAACCAACAAGGCACUGCAUGACACUGAAAAGAUUAAUGACUAUCUGAGUGGAACUACAGUGGUGACGGCAAGCUUUCAUCGAGGAAGAAUGACAGUGUGCAAUCUGGGGGACAGUCGAGCCUUAUUGGGUACUUAUGUCAAUGAAAGCGGUUCCGCCGCCAUUCAAGCUAUACCAUUGUCCAAGGAUCAAACACCCAAUCGACAGGAUGAACGGGAACGAGUCCAAGCCGCGGGAGCCGAAAUUAAAUCCAUUGAUCAAUUGCAAGGGAGGGCGGAAGCUCACGAUGAUUGGGGACACCUCGAAGGUGGGGACGAUGAAAAUCCACACAAGGAUCCACCUCGCAUUUGGGUCAAGGGGAAGGAUUUUCCGGGAACGGCCUUUACGAGGUCCAUUGGGGAUGCGGUGGCCGAGAAUAUUGGAGUGAUUGCCCAACCAGAAAUCGAAUCUCGGGAAUUGACAGAGAAUGACAAGUUUCUGGUGAUUGCCACGGACGGUCUCUUUGAAUUUUUGAAAAACGACCAGGUCAUGGAGAUUGUGGAGAAAUCUAAUGAUCCAGUGGAUGCCUGCGAGAAACUGAGAAAGGCUUCCUACGAGCAGUGGUUGCAGCAUGAGGACCGAGUGGACGAUAUCACCAUUAUUGUAUGCUUUUUAUCCAAAGCCACGACUACCACUGACACGCCAUAG